GUGCCGAAGCGGCUUUCGUUGGUUUUGGGGAAAAGUUGGUUGAGGGCACCUCGGGAGGCUGGCUCAGGGGACCGGGUGUGGGUGGCAAGCACGCUUGCCUUUCGCAGCCAGCUUUGGACCUCCCGGCCCAGCAACUGCCUGGACCCCGGCUGCGCGGAGGGGCAGACCCUCCCUCUUCUUGCUUGGGGAGGGCGGACACGCGGCACGUGCCCCCUCCCUGGCUGUGGGUGGCCCUCCCCGUGUGGUCCAUGUGGGAGUUCUAGCUUCUGCUCGUUCUGAUCCUGAACGAUACCUGAGUGCCAGGGCUUGGCCAGGCUUGGCCAGUGGCCGCCUCGGCGAUGGUCACUUUGCCAGUGGGAAGACACGGGAGAGGCAAGGCCUCGGUUUCCACAGCCAGACACCAGGGACUGUGCCCAGUACCUGGUUCCAGUGGCCUCCUCAGGUCGUCUGACUCAGGAUGGAUUGUUGCCUCUGUCUUGAGAGCAGUUGAGCAGGAGAACCGAAGAUGCAGUUGGUCAGAAAUUCUACCCCUGCAAAGGGAAGCUCUGCUGCUGUCUCCCUCCUUCGCGUAGGUCGGAGGAGGGAGUGGCUUCCUGAUUAGCGCCAGAGCUCCAGGCCCCUCCAGAGCAGCAGCGGCUGGUGGAGAAAUGGAGGCACAGGCCUAUGGUGCCAAGCUCUUGGGGGAGUUGAAUGAGCAGCGGAAAAGGGACUUUUUCUGUGAUUGCAGCAUCAUCGUGGAAGGGCGCAUCUUCAAGGCCCACCGGAACAUUCUGUUCGCUAACAGUGGCUACUUCCGUGCCCUGCUCAUUCACUACAUUCAGGACAGUGGGCGGCACAGCACAGCCUCUUUGGACAUCGUCACCUCCGACGCCUUCUCCACCAUCUUAGAUUUCCUCUACUCUGGGAAGCUGGACUUGUGUGGUGAGAAUGUGAUUGAAGUUAUGUCAGCUGCCAGCUACCUGCAGAUGAAUGACGUGGUCAACUUCUGCAAGGCCUACAUCAGGUCAUCCCUUGACAUUUGCCGCAAGAUGGAGAAGGAGGCUGCUGUGGCUGCAGCCGUGGCAGCAGCCGCGGCUGCAGCUGCGGCCGCUGCAGCUCGCCAGAUAGACAUCGGGAGUCCAAGUUCAGGAUUGGAGGGGACUUCCUGUUGUACCAAGAGCUUUGUCUCCUCCCCAGGAGAGGGAGAAGGGAGCGUGGAGCGUACACGAGUAUCCCCUUGCGAGGACUGCCAUCCCUUGGAACUGGUGGUGAAAGACAGCCAGGGCUCUGGCUCCUCUGACAGUGACCUUUCUGUUGUGCCCAGACGGGUUGAACCCAAGCUGGAAUUUGAUAUUGCCAGGGCGGAGGGGGAGGCUGACGAACGGCUGCGGCAGUAUGUGACGCCCCUGGCCCAUGCGGAGGAAGGCCUGUCCAGUAACCAGGCCUUGGACUUGACGUAUAGCAGCUACCACGUGAAGCAGUUUCUGGAGGCUCUCCUGCACAGUGGUGCUGUCCAGAGCAAAGAUGACUCAGAUCAUCACCUUUCUCAUAGUUUGGAGGGGAGACUGGAAGGGGCAGGAGUGGCCAUGAGUUCGGUGAUGGACGUUCAGAAUGACUGGUAUAGAGAGGACUCGGGUGACGUGCUGGUGGUCCCCAUCAAGCUCCACAAGUGUCCUUUCUGCCCUUACACUGCCAAGCAGAAGGGCAUCCUCAAGCGGCACAUCCGAUCGCACACAGGCGAGCGGCCUUACCCCUGCGAGACCUGUGGCAAGAGGUUCACCCGGCAGGAGCACCUCCGGAGCCACGCCCUGAGCGUCCACAGAUCCAACCGUCCAAUCAUCUGCAAGGGCUGUCGAAGAACCUUCACCAGCCACCUGUCCCAGGGGCUGCGGCGCUUCGGGCUGUGUGACAGCUGUACGUGUGUUACCGACGCGCACGAUGAGGAUGACGACUUGGUGCCCGUGCACCUCAGCCUGGUGGAGGCUGCAUCCGAAAGCCACGAGAAGAGCGACGUGGACGACUGGCCCAUCUACGUGGAGUCUGGUGAGGAGAAUGACCCGGCUGCGGAGGAGGCCGACGACGACAAGCCACACAUUCGGUCCAGCUUACCAGACCGAGCGACACUUACGUAGCAGUCAAUUGAUGGGAGAGAGGUUUUAGAGGUUGUAUUGCUUGUACUACAGCGUUUGUCUAAUUUUGUGGAACUUAGGGGCUGUUCCCCUUCUUAAUGUUGCAAUGUUGUUAUACUUUUUUUUUUGGGGUGGGCAGGGCUUUGGUUUUUCAAGACAGGGUUUUUCUGUGUAACAGUCCUGGCUAUCCUGGUACUCACUUUGUAGAUCAGGCCGGCCUCGAACUCACAGAGAUCCGCCUGCCUCUGCCUCCCGAGUGCUGGGAUUAAAGGCGUGCGCCACCACUGCCCAGCUUGCACUUGUAUUUUUGUUGGACUACGUGCCAGAGUCUGGAUGUUGUGACUCAAAAGACUGAUAAUUUUUUAGCAUGGAUUCUGAGGGCUUUGUUGGCCUCAUCUUGGUGCUGAGUGGAUCAAGGUUGACCCCGAGGCUUCCUAAUUUCCCUGUUGAGAAGCAGACUCUGGGUAGGAGGAAAAUAAGAAAAAAUCUCCCUGAUGAGCACUCUUUCAAUCUUUUACAUUCUUUUAUCGUUACCUUUUUCUGAAGAGGUGGCAAAAUUCGCUGUCAGAACAUCAGUCUGCCAAGCUUUUCAUAACAAAUUCCACAGUUUAAUUUUCUGACUUGCUUUGAUCAAAAGCAGGCAGGGCCGACUACAUGAUCAGAAAAGGUACUCCCUAAAUCUGAGACUGUACUUCUAAAGGUAGCUAUGUGCAGACAAACACUUAAAUGAGUUACAAGUUCAUUAGGGCCCCGUCCUGGUCCAGCUGGAUGAAAUUACAUGAGACCCCAAAAGAGAGCCUUGUGAGCCAGGUCCAGGAAGUGUCCCUCUGUCCGGUAAGCUAUUUGACGAUUAUGUACACACCAAUACCCCAUUCUGAGAUCAUAAAACAAGUUGUUUGGGCAAAACUCAAAGUGCUCCCCUGCUUUCUUCGGUCAUUUCCAAGAGACAACUCAGUGCAACCUGAAAAUGUAUGUCCUGCUGACAUUCCUCCACCUUGGGGGGCGGGGAAGGAGCGCAGGCCUGUCUAAUGUAUUUCUAGGUCUUUUAACUAUUAGAAGACCUUCUAGAAGGAAGGAGCUGGCUAGCACAGGUUGUAAGGCCAGUCUGCUUUUCACCCGUGCUGCGGCCUUCUUUCUGCCUCUUACACAAUAACUAAUCAGAAGAAUUUACAAAUGGACUUGUAAGUAUUGUCUGGUCGUUGAAGGGUUAAAGUGUUUGUCUAUUUUUGAGACAGGAUCUCUCUAUGUAGCCUUGGCUGCCCUGAACUCACUAUGUAGACCAGGCUGGCCUCGAACUCACAACGAUCUGUCUAGUUUUCCUCCUGAGUGCUGGGACUAAAGGUAUGCGUCACCACCCAUGGCAGGACUGGAGGUACCCCUGGGUCCAAUCCCUGGGAUUGCAAUAAAUAGAUACCUAAUUGUGUGUUGUCUACAAGAAAAAAAAGCCAUUAAAAAGUAAGCAAAUCUUUUGGUUUCAUUUUGGUUUUCUCAGUGGUCGGUGUUGUAUCUAGGACCUUGUUCAUGUUAGACAAGUGUUCUCUCAUCAAGUGACUACAUCCCCUGCCCCUGGAAAGGUAUUUAAAUUGUACUUAGUAGGAGAGUCUUAGGACAGCUCUCUGAAACAGUGAUGACAUUUUGAUGUUGCUGGGAUGCCCACACCCAGUUAGUGGUUUCAUCUUCUUGAACAAGGCAUGGACCAGCCCAGGUGUGGCUGCCUCGGGAGCCACAUCAUAUAAAGACUGAUACCAGACAGGCCUGGUGGCGCAUGCUAAUAAAGUGAAUCCCAGCACUCUAGAGGCAGAGGCAGGCAGAUCUCUAUAAGUUCAAGGCCAGCCUGGUCUACACAGUGCUAGACCAGUCAGUGAUACAUAGUCAGACUCUGUCUCAAAAAUAGAUAAAUUAAAUGCAUACAGUUUUGAAAUUGUAUUAAAGGUAUUGAAAGUUUUUAAGCCAGGCUUCUACCACGUGUCAUCUGAAGAAUGACUAAAUGGAGCUGGGGAUGUGACUCAGUGGUGGAGGUGGAUUCAGUACUCAGCAUUGUAAAACGAAUUAACUGACUAAAUCAAGAGUUAUACAUCGAAUAUUAUCAGGGUCCAGAAAUACUUUUCUUGCCUGAAACAAAAAUAUUAUUUCCAGUAGGACCUGUUGGCCCACAUCUGUGAACCUAGUCCUGAGGAGGCAGAAGCUGGAGGAUUGAGGCCAGCCCAGUCGACAAACAAGUUGUAGGCCAGCCAGAGCUGUCUUUAAUAAACUGAGAGAGAUCUUCACAGAAAGGAAAUUCAAAUGGAUGUAUACAUUUAUCUCACGGGAAUUAUAUUUGAUAUUUUUACUCUGUAUUUAAUCUAUUUCUGUUUUAAUAUGACCUUUCUACCUCACAAUUCAACCUCUUUGCCUGCUCCCUACCUCCUUGGGUAGGGCCAUGACUGAUUUUUUUUUUUAAGAUUUGUUUAUUUAUUAUGUAUGCAGUAUUCUGCCUGCAUGUAUACCUGCAGGCCAGCAGAGGACACCAGAUCUCAUUACAGAUGGUUGUGAGCCACUGUGAGGAUGCUGGGAAUUGAACUCAGGACCUCUAGAAGAGCAGCCAGUGCUCGUAACCUCUGAGCCAUCCCUCCAGCUCCAUGACUGAUCUUUUUCAGCUAUCUUGUCACCUCUUCAGGUCUCUGGGUAAGAAAAAAAUCGCUUUAGAGAUUUCACUGUACGACAGUGCUUCUCAGCUGGAUAUAAUUUUGUCUUACAUACAAAUUUGACAUUGUCUAGGUUACAUUUGAUUGUCAGAAGCGGGGAAGGGGAACUUCUGCAUCCAGUAGGUCUAGGCCAGGGAUGCUGCUGAACCAUCUUACAUAGGUUACAUGCCUUUAAUCCCAGCAUCCAGGGAAGUAGAGACAGGCAGAUUUCGGUCAGUUCCAGGCAGCCUAAUUUAAAUAGCUACCUCUAGGCAAGCUAAGGAUACAGAAUGAGACUGUCUCAAAAUAAUAUAAACAUUUUUAAAAAAUCAAUAGUUCCAAGGCUGAGAAAUUCUAGAUAUAUGAUAAAGUAGGUUUUUUUAAAAUGAUCUUUCAUUUUUAAAUUUUGUGUUCUGUACUGGAGGUGGGUGGCGCACACCUUUGAUCCUGGCCCUCAGGAGGCAGAGGCAGGCGGAUCUCUGUGAGUUCAAGGCCAGUCUGGUCUACAAAGAGAGUUCCAGAACAGCAAGGGCUGUUACACAGAGAAACAGAGAAACUCUGUCUCAAAAAACAAAACAAAACAAACAAAUUUUGAGUUCUGUUUCUGAGAGCAGGUGUUUCACUGCUUGCCCAAUGUCUGAUGUAGAUUUAUGACAGAGAAACUUAGACAUUCAGCCAGGUGUGAUAGGAAACACCUGGAAUCCCAGCACUAGGGAAGAGGAAGCCAGAGGGUCAGGAGUUCAAGGUCAACCUCAGCUACCAAACAAGUUCUAGGCCAGUGUGGAAUACUUGAGAAGCUGUAUCAGCCAGGCAUGGUGGCACACACCCUUAAUCCCAGCACUCCAGAGGCAGAAGCAAGGGGCGGCAGUCAACCUGGCCUACAAAACCAUUUCCAGCCCCACACGGGCCUGUCUCCAAAAAUUAAAAAAUAAAAUUGAUGGGCUGGAAGAUGGCUUAGUGGCUAAGAGCUUAUUGCUCUUGCAUAGGACCCAAGUUUAGUUCCCAGCACCCCGGCUGCCUGUAACUGUAGCCCCAGGAGCAUCUGAUGCCUGUGGUCUCUGGGGGCACCGGCAUUCCUGUGCACAUAUUCGCACGCACAUAGUCACACGUAAGUACAUGUAGGAGCAAAAUUGAGAAAGAAAGGAAUAGACUCCGACUCUGGUUUACAUGUCCAGAGUCGUUCAUUCCUGUCCCUGACCUUUUCCCGAUUUGGUGUUUUCGUUUUAUUGUUUUAAGUCCGGGCCUCACUGUUUGCCUCACCUCAGCUGGGACUCACUGUGAAUCAGGCUAGCCUCAAACUCAAAAAAGAGACCUGUCUGCCUCUGCCUCCUGGGUGCUGACACAAGCCACCGUACGUGGCCAAUUUUGUUCAACGACUGCCUCACGGUGGCAGAACCUUGGGAGGAAAACCGACUGCUGAGCCCAGCGUGUGUAUUGUAUUAAUAUUCUGGGAUAUCUCAGAUUGUUCAUUCCUCGUUGACUGGAGUUCGUGUAAUGUACAUUACAAUAACCAGGUCGCUGUAUUCUGUCAUUUUUAAAGAGAGAUACAUCCUUGGUGUGUACUGUCAUGAACUGGUCCCCUUUUAAACAUGCUUUCACAUUGGGUGGCCAGUAUUUAUCAUCCCAAUAUCUUGAGGGUUUAACUCAUGGUGUUAAUGAUUUAAAAAAGUGUUAGGGGUGGGUGUUGGGGAUUGGACCCAGGGCCUCUCACAUGCUAAGCAAGCACACCACUGACCCACACCUGCAGCCCAUGGUCACCUUUUUUUUUUUUUUUUUUGCUUUUCAAGGCAGAGUUUUACCGCGUAGUUCUGACUGUCCAUGACGACAGUUUUAUAGGUAAAUUUACAGUGGGCCGAACACUGACCACUAGUGACUGAGUUUAUAUUAUCGCAUCCCUCUGGCACAUUCAGUCCACAAUCACAAAAAGAUAAUUUGUCUCACAGUAGAUAUAGCGCACAGAUGGGGCUAAGAUACAGACUGCACACAAAAUGCAUGUUUAGGAACCUAGUUCUCUGAGGGUUGGGAAGGAAUGUAAAUAAGACCUAUAAUUUUUCCUCUGUCUCGGAAAAAAAAAAAAUGUAGUUUUCUCAUUCCAGCUGUAGGGGUUAUUUUACCAUACAUAAUGUUGCCUAACAACGAAGUAAAUGAGUGACUCUUAAUUUUAUUUAUUUAUAUUUAUGUAUGAGUGCUCUGCAUAUAUACCUGCAUCAGAUCCUAUUAUAGAUGGUCAUGAGCCAUCUUGUGGUUGCUGGGAAUUGAACUUAGGACCUCUGGAAGAGCAGCCAAUGUUCUUAACCACUGAGCCAUCUCUUCAACACUCCCCCCCCCUUUUGAAAUUUUUGUGUUUUUUGAGACAGGGUUUCUCUGUGUAGUCUUUGGAGCCUGUCCUGGAUCUUGCUCUGUAGACCGGGCUGACCUCGAACUCACAGAGAUCUGCCUGCCUCUGCCUCCUGAGUGCUGGGAUUAAAGAUGUGUGCCACCACCACCCGGCUCCCCUUUUGAAAUUUUAUUUAUUUAUAUUUUAAGAUGUAUGACUCUUAUCGGGUUGUCGGGAACAGAAUGAGAAAUGGUAACUAAAGGUCAAAAUCUCAUACGGAAAGCAAAUGAAUCGUGGAGCUCGCUCUGCAGACCGGGUUGACCUCGAACUCACAGAGAUCUGCCUGCCUCUGCCUCCUGAGUGCUGGCAUUAAAGGCGAGCAACAUGCCGGCGGUGGUGGCGCAUGCGUUGGGAAUCUCUGCGAGUUCGAGGCCAGCCUGGUCUAUAGAGUGAGAUCCAGGACAGCAACAAAGCUACACAGAGAAACCCUGUCUCUAAACACACACACACACACACACACACACACACACACACACACACAAAAAAGGUGUGCAACAUCAGCCCCAGCCUCAUUUUCAGUUUUUGGGUUUUUUUUUGUGUGUGUGGGAGGUUUUUUGUAGGAUGUUUCUUGUUUUGUUUUAUUUUGUCUUUUAUUUGUUUUUGUUUUUAUUUUUAAAGAUUUAUUUAUUAUGUAUAUAGUGUAUAUACCUGCAUGUUGCCUGCAGGCCAGAAGAGGGCACCAGAUCUCAGAAGUAGUUGUGAACCACCAUGUGGUUGCUGGGAAUUGAACUCAGGACCUCUGGAAGAGCAGCCAGUGCUCUUGACAUCUGAGCCAUCUCACCAGCCCCUCUUUGUUUGUUUUUAAAGAGAGAGGUAAGAAAGAACAUAAAGUUGGGUGGUAGGGAGGUGGGGAGAAUCCUUGAAGAAUUGGAGGAGGAAACAUGAUCAAAAUAUUUACAUGAAAAAUAUUCUUUUAAAAAAAAAAUGUGAGACUAGAGCCAUGGCUCAGUGGUUAAGAACGUUAACUGCUCUUACAGAGGACCUGAGUUUGAUUCCUAGCACUCACUUGAUGGCUUGGAACCAUCAGUAAUUCCAGUACCAGGGAAUCCGAUGCCCUCUUCUGACUUCUGUGGGCACCAGGCACGCACAUGGUACACAGAUACCCACGUAAGCAAAACACUUAUAUACGUAAAAUAAAAAAUAAAAGCGGGGUUGGGGAUUUAGCUCAGUGGUAGAGCACGUGCCUAGCAAGUGCAAGGCCCUCGGUUCGGUCCUCAGCUCCAGAGGGGAAAAAAAAAUAAUAGAAAAAAUAAAAGCACUUGCUGCUCUUCCAAAGGUCCUGAGUUCAAUUUCCACCACCCACAUGGCAGUUCACAACUGUCUGAUGCCCUCUUCUGAUGUACAGAUGUACAUAUAGACAAAGCUCCCAUAUAUAAUAAUAUAGAAACGUGUUAUAAUAAGUAAAUCUUUUUUUAAUGUAUCAGGCUAGAGAGAUGGCUUACUGGCUAAGGGAGAAGAGCACCGACUGCACAUUCAGAGGACCGAGGCUCAGUCUCAGUUCCCUUGUGGUGGCUCACAACCAUCUGUAACUCCACUCCCAGGGGAUCUGUUACUCUCUUCUGUUAACAGUUGAAGCAUGAAAGUGGUCCACGGACAUGCAUGCAGGCAAAACACCCAUACAUAUAAAAUAAAAUAAUUAUUUUUAAAAGUCCAACUUCAUCUUCUGCUACAUAGCAAGUUUGAGCCUACCUGGGAUACUAAGAACCUGUCUUUAAAAAAAAAUCAGGCCGGGCGGUGGUGGCGUACGCCUUUAAUCCCAGCACUCAGAAGGCAGAGGCAGGUGGAUCUCUCUGAGUUCGAGGACAGCCUGGUCUCCAAAGCAAUUCCAGGAAAGGCACAAAGCUACACAGAGAAACCCUGUCUCGAAAAAAAAAAUCAUAAAUUUUUUUUAAAAGAUUUUAUUUAUGUAUUAUGUAUACAGUGUUCUGCAUGCAUAUAUGCCUGCCGGCCAGAAGAGGGCACCAGAUCUCAUUAUAGAUGGUUUUGCUGGGAAUUGAACUCAGGACCUCUGGAAGAUCAGUCAGUACUCUUAACCUCUGAGCCAUCUCUCCAGCCCCAAAAUCAUAAAUUUUUUCGUGGUGCUCAUAGUCAUAUGUAUGCUGUACAGGUAUAUAUGUCUUACUAUAGGGACAUGAUUGGCAACUUCUGCAGGUUCCACCAAUCAGAGUUUGAUGGGAACCUGCAUUCACCCAGGACCCAGCAAACACUGUGCUCCAUGAUUGCUGUGUCGUGAAGUGCAUGAGUCCCCUUGGCUGCUUCGGCUGCACAUCACUAAGUGACGAUAACUGGUUAUUUAUUUAACAGUUGCCCAACAAUUAUUUAUGAUGUUCUUAUAAUGGACCAGACUCAGAUUUUCUUCACUGAGCCAGCACAAUCACUGCUUUUUUUUUUUUUUUU